AUGGCGAGCAGCGCGGGCGGAAAGAAGGACGCCGUCAGCGAACGACGAUUCCACGACGCGCUCGCGCGGUUGCACGCCAUGUUCCUCGACGGCGCGCCAGACUUGGCCGGGCAGCUCGACAGGGUGGGAUUCACGCGCAUCUUCGGCUUGAAGCCCGACAUCUUCUGCGACCGCCUCGUGAAGAUAUUCGACCUCGACAACUCCGGCGAGAUCGGCUUCCGAGAGUUCGUGUACGGCCUGUCCAAGUUCCAAGUGGACACGUUCGAGCGACGCAUACAGUUCGCGUAUCGCCUCAUCGACCUGGACGGCGACGGCUCGCUCGAUAAGUUUGAGCUCCUCAGCGCGGUCAAGGCGGUUUUAGAUUCCGAC